AUAUAUGCAUUGAUAGGACGGUAACGGAAAGCGUGUCAUUGAAUGGACAAAAUUGUACGCAAAAAACGGUGUCAUCGCUGAAGAGCUGCAACUGUCGGCACAGCCAGUGUUGGGCCACUGGACUAUAGGUGUGACGGCGUUGAGACACAACACCACUAAGACAUUCACUGUCGUCGACGAUAUGUUUCCCACGUUUGACGUGGAGGUAGUGUUGCCAACAUAUGUGACCAGAAAUCGGUCAGAAGUGGUGGCACUCAUUAAGGCAUUUGACACCAAUGGGAAGGCUAUUAAGGGAGACCUCAUUCUUAUUGUUCGAACCGACCAUUUUUAUAUACCGAGUAAAUAUCGGACAAAAACUGCGAUCGAUGGAAGCGCCACAUUGGCUAUCAAUUUAGCGGACGAUUUACUAAUCGAUCACCGCUUAGACAACGAUAACCUCGAGCUUAAAGUGACGGCAGUAGUGAGGGAUAAGUUGACCGGAAAGCAGUGCAACCGAACCAAUACAGUGAAGGUAACCGAAACGGAUUUUAAGUUUCAAGUGAUAACGCCGUCGAACGCAUACAAACCGGGAUUGAAAAACACGUUUGUCGGCAAAGUUUGCACACAAGACGGCAAACCAGUGGCCGAUAGCGGACUGCAACUCAAACUCAAAUACGGCUAUUCAUCGAAUGAGAGUGAAUGGAGAGACAGUCCGUUACUGUUGUCGCCAACCAAUGGACUCAUUAAGUUUGAUGUGUUUCCGCCCAGAGAUAUAUACGAAUUGGUAGUUAAAGCCGAAUAUAUGGGAAACACGUAUUAUAUACCUAGUUCGCGGGCUACGACCCGGUCCGGGCACUACAUGCAAGUGAUCCGUUUGGACACAACCGACAUCACUGUCGGACAGGACGUAAAAUUCGUGGUGAAUGCGACCGAACCUAUCGUACGAUUGGUGUGCGAAGUGAUGGGAAAGGGAGACAUAGCGUGGGCUAAAAGUUUUGACACCAAUAAUAAUACCGGUUAUGAGUUCAGUGUCGCGACUGUGCCUCAAAUGGCGCCGUCGGCUCGGGUUCUGUGCCAUUACGUGCGGCCCGACAACCGGGAAGUGGUGGCCGACGAUCUCGGCUUCGAUGUGAUUCCACCACUGAUUGGGACGCCCUUUGCAGUCAACGCCGACACCCGUCCGACCAAACCGGGAGAGAUGUGCGCCACUGAAGCCAACACUCGUCACAACCCGUUUGUCGACAUCAGUGGCGCUGAUAUAAUGAACGAACUGAAGACAUACGUCGAGAAACCCUAUUCUCAUCUUCACUGGCGUUCGUCGGCAACCGAUUACGUGUUUAAGGAUUCGGCUGUCGAUGUGAUGCACAACGGAUUUAUUAAAACAUAA